UAAAAAAAUAAAACCAACAACAAAAAAAAAGUUCAUUAAAAAAAAAAAUUCAAUGCUAGAAUCUCGCCGUUCCGCCCCAGUAGAAAUUACGGAGUAUUUGCUUCUGCUUCUACCAGGAUUAGGAAUAUGCCCUUGGAUGAGGAGGGGUUGGAGACAUGUUUUUGUGUCGGUUACGGCUUCUUCUUCCCCUUUAGCAUCUUCUUCUCUCCCUCCAGUAAUGGGUAACAUCCAAUCCGUUCUAUCCCUUCAGUUUGUUUGUUUUUUUAGUGCUACUUGCAACGAGUUUGAGAAACCCACGAGAAUUGAAGGCAAACCCAAAUAUGGGUUUGAAAGCAUUGAUGAUGGUCUCACCUUGUUUCAUCGGAUGCUUCAUUCAUAUCCUUGUCCUCCUCCAGUUGAAUUUGAUCAAUUAUUAACUGCAAUUAAUAGAAUGAAAAAUUAUGCUGUUGCUGUUUCUUUAUGCCAAAAGAUGGAGUUGGAGGGAAUUAGACAUAGUGUUUUCACUUUCAACAUACUAGUCAAUUGCUUCUGCCGCUUACAUCAUGUGGAUUUUGGUUUCUUUAUUCUAGGGAAAAUGUUAAAGCUUGGUGUUAAACGUAGUGUGGUAACAUUCAGCACCUUGAUCAAUGGGCUUUGUGUGAAGGGUAAAUUUGUUGAAUCAAUAGGAAGGACUGAUGAUGCUAUUAGGUUGUUGAGGAAGAUGGAAGAAAGUGCUGUCGGGGUUGACAUUGUAACAUACAACACUGUCGUUGACAGCCUUUGUAAGGAUAGCCUUAUAAGGGACGCCCAAAACCUCUUCUCUGAAAUGGUGGGCAAAGGCAUCCAUCCAGAUGUUAUCACAUAUAGCUCCUUAGUUCAGGGUAUGCGUAAUUUGGGAAUGUGGGAGGAGGUUAAAAAUUUAUUGAAUGAAAUGGUUGCUAUGAAAAUUAAGCCAAACGUGGUUGCUUACAAUAUAUUGGUCGAUGCACUUUCUAAGGAAGGGAGGGUGUUAGAGGCUGAAGAUGUUAUUAAAGCCAUGACUGGGUAAGGCAUUGAGCCUAAUAUUGUCACAUAUAAUUCAUUGAUGGAUGGAUAUUGUUUGCAUGGGGAAAUGGAGAAGGCAAGAAAUGUAUCCGAUUUGAUACUUGAAAAGGGUUACAUUUCUAACUUAAUUAGUUAUAGCAUCAUGAUCAAUGGAUAUUGUGAAGCUAAAAGUAUAGAUGUGGCAAUGAAGCACUUUCAUGAGA